AUGUGCUCGACGCCGGGGCUGCCGACGCCGGGGGCCUCGCUGGUGCUGCGGGUGUCCUUCGUGGACGUGCAGCCCGAGGUGAUUCCCGUGCAGCUGUGGGGGCUGCUGGGCGAGCGGCGAGACGAGUACGUGCGGCUGAGCCGGGAGAUCCAGGAAGCGGCGGCAGCCGCGCGCGGCCCAUGGAUGCUGGGCGGCGCCUCGGCUUUGCCUGGCGAGCUGUGCCUGGUGCAGGUGGGGCGGCUGUGGCACCGCGGCCGCGUGGUCAGCCGGCAGGCUCAGGAGAGCCGCGUCUUCCUGCUGGACGAGGGCCGCACCAUCGCGGCCGGGGCGGGCUCACUGGCUCCCGGGCGCAGCGAGUUCUUCCACCUGCCGUCGGAGGUGCUGGGCUGCGUGCUGGCCAGCCUGGUGCCGGCGGGCGGCGGGGGCGAGCCCCAGCACUGGGCGGCCAGCGCCGUGGACUUCCUUAGCCACCUGCAGGGCAAGGAAGUGCACGGGCGCGUCCUGGACGUGCUGCUGCUCCACCGCCUGGUGCUCCUGGAGGUGCCCGAACUGUCCCAGCAGAUGCAGGAGCUCGGCCUGGCCCAGCAGGUGCCCGACAGCCUCUUCCGCUCUCUGCUUAAGCGCUACCUCUCGGCCACCACGCCUGUCCUGGGCCCCAGGGCCCCGGUGGUCCCGCGAGCCCCCGCUAAGCAGGAGCAGCCUGGCCUGGAUUACUUCUACCCUCAGCUGCAGCUGGGCGUGACGGAGCCCGUGGUGGUUACGCAGGUGUGCCAUCCCCACCGCAUUCACUGCCAGCUCCGCAGCCUCUCGCAGGAGAUCCACCGCCUCUCCGAGAGCAUGGCUCAGGUAUACCGGGGCUCCCCGGGGACUGGGGACCAGCACCCCACCAGUGCCCCCUGGGAGGAGAGAGAGGAGAGCCCAGACAAGCCGGGCUCUCCUUGCGCAUCCUGCGGGUUGGAUGGACUUUGGUACAGGGCGCUCUUGCUGGAGACUUUCCGGCCCCAGCGCUGUGCCCAGGUGCUUCACGUCGACUACGGAAGGAAGGAGCUAGUGAGUUGCAGCAGCCUCCGCUACUUGCUGCCUGAAUAUUUUCGGAUGCCCGUGGUGACCUACCCUUGCGCACUGUACGGACUCUGGGAUGGUGGGAGAGGCUGGUCUCGGUCACAGGUCGGUGACCUGAAGGCCCUGAUUCUGGGCCAGGCAGUGAACGCAAAGAUUGAAUUUUACUGUUCCUUCGAGCAUGUGUAUUACGUCACCUUAUAUGGCGAAGAUGGGAUUAAUCUGAACUGUGUGUUCGGAGUACAGUCCUGUUGCUUGGCUGACCGCUUCCUUCAGAGCCAGGGCAGAGAGGAAGAGGAGGAGGAAGAGGAACCAGAAACAGCUUUUCAGUGUCAAUCUUCUGCGGAAGAAAUGGAUGAAGAGAUUUCACUCCCCACCUUACCAUCUCUCAGGUUAAAGAUGAACACCUUCUAUGAUGCCCAGGUGGAGUUUGUGAAAAAUCCUUCUGAGUUUUGGAUCAGGUUGAGGAAACACAAUGGCACCUUCAGCAAACUGAUGAAGAAAAUGUGCAGUUUCUAUGCCUCCGCCAGUAAGCUGGAUGGUGUCAUCUUGAAACCUGAAGCCGAUGACCUUUGCUGUGUCAAAUGGAAAGAAAAUGGCUACUUCCGGGCUAUGGUCACCCGACUGGACGACCAGAAUGUGGAUGUGUUCUUAGUUGACCGGGGCAAUUCGGAAAACGUGGACCGGUAUGACGUGAGGAUGCUACUCCCUCAGUUUCGGCGGCUACCAGUAUUGGCCCUGCAGUGCACCCUGGCCGAUAUUUGGCCUUUGGGAGAAAACUGGAGCCAAGAGGCGAUUUCAUUUUUUAAAAAGACUGUGCUCCACAAAGAGUUAGUUAUCCAUGUGCUUGAUAAGCAGGAUAAUCAGUAUAUUAUUGAGAUUCUUGAUGAAUCAAGAACAGGGGAGGAAAACAUUAGUAAGGUGAUGGCUCAAGCUGGAUUUGCCAAGUACCAGGAAUUUGAAACGAAGGACAGUCUUUCUGUAAGGGUCCACUCUCCAGGGCAUGUUUCAAACCAUUUUACCACAGACAGCAACAGAAUAUCUUCUGCCAAGAAGGAAGUAGAACAAAAAGAUAUACGAUAUGGUAAAACUACAGCUGUUCCAGAAGUAGUGACUGACAUAGCAGUUACAACAAACGUUUCAGCUGGACUUGUUCAGGACAACGAGAAAAGAGUGUCUGUUUAUUCUCCUCUGGUACAGAAUUUCUUGGGAAUUGAGCCAGGCUCUACUUGUAAAGAAGAGCUACAAGUUGGAAGUACAGUGGAAGUCAGAGUAUCUUGCAUUGAAAAUCCCGGCUAUUUUUGGUGUCAGCUGACCAGGAACACACAAAGCUUUAAAGCACUCAUGUGUAGUAUUCAGGACUAUUGCAACAACACAUCUCCUCCCCACCAGGGAACGACUCCUGUUUGUCUGGCAAAACGAACAGCAGAUGGAAAAUGGUCCAGAGCUCUAAUUAUCGGGGCACAAUCUUCAGAGCAUGUCAACAUCAUAUUUGUAGAUUAUGGAGACAAAGAAAUGGUAUCUGUGAAGAAUAUUUAUUCAAUUACUGAAGAAUUUCUGAAGGCUAAAUUUCAGGCUUUUAGGUGCAGCCUUUAUAAUUUAAUUCAGCCAAUGGGACAAAAUCCUUUUCUUUGGGAUGAAAAGGCAAUCCAAGCUUUUGUUGAAUUUAUAGAUAAUGCACAGGAAAACAGUCUACAAUUAAAGUGCACAAUAUUUGCUCUGGCUUCCAUUCAUGAUGAAGAACUGUUUAAUGUGGUGGAUCUGCUAACACCUUUCCGGAGUGUAUGUCACUUUUUGGUAGAAAAGAGACUUGCAAGACCAGUAAAACUUCAGAAACCUCUGGAGUUCUCUGUUCAGCUCCAUUCUUACUUCUAUUCUACACAUGACAUGAAAAUUGGAAGUGAAGAAUCCGUGUACAUAACACAUGUUGAUGACCCUUGGACAUUUUAUUGCCAGCUUGGAAGAAAUGCAAGUAUUUUAGAACAGCUGUCCCAUAAUAUUACACAAUUAAGUCAAGUUUUGCUGCAUUUAAGAACAUCUCACUUGAUCCCUGGCACAUUGUGCCUUGCCAAGUAUACUGACGGAAACUGGCGUAGGGGGGUAAUCAUAGAGAAAGAACCAAAUAAAAUAUUCUUUGUUGAUUUUGGGAACAUUUAUGUGGUAACAAGUGAUGAUCUGUGCGCAGUGCCUAGCGAUGCACACGAUGUCUUACUUUUGCCCAUGCAAGCUAUUAAAUGUUCGUUAUCUGAUAUUCCUGAUCAUAUACCGGAAGAAAUUACAGCAUGGUUUCGGGAGACUGUUUUAGAUAAGUCAUUGAAGGCUCUGGUCGUAGCAAAAGAUCCAGAUGGAAGACUGAUUAUUGAACUAUACAAUGAUAGCAUGCAAAUUAAUGCUAAUAUUAAUGAGAAGUUAGGGCUUCUGGGUUACAAAGGUGGGACAAGGAGAAAAAGCAAAGCACUCCUCUCUACAGCUGAAACUCUUGAAGUGAAAAAGGAAGAUGUGAAGUUGUCACCUGCAGGGUAUUUAAGUAAAUCAGAGAACAAACCCGAUAGUAUGGCACUCUUAGGAGAAUUGUACAAACCUAAGAUCAGCUCAGUGUGUAGGGAACUCAAAUUUUUACAGAGUUCAACAAAGACAAACUUGGUCACUCAGCACCAGGACUCUGUGGGAAAUAAAAAUAAUCAAGUGUCUCCAUUAACAACAGACAAGAAAUUAGAAAGUUUGGCCGAAGCCUCUUUGAAAGCCACAAAACUAGAAGCCUCUCUUUCAGAGAGAAAACUAAGAGAUUCAUGUGACAAAGGUUUGCCUCUAAAAAUUUCUGAGUUCCCUCAGAAGGCUGUAAUGCCUGGAUUUAAAACAACUGUGUAUGUUUCUCAUAUAAAUGACCUUUCAGAUUUUUACGUUCAACUAACGGAAGAUGAGGCUGAAAUUGAUCGUCUUUCAGAGAGGUUAAAUGAUAGUAGAACAAGGCCUGAAUAUUAUGCAGGUCCACCUUUGCAAAGAGGAGAUGUAAUAUGUGCUGUUUUCCCAGAAGACAAUUUAUGGUAUCGUGCUGUGGUCAAGGAACCACAACCCAAUGACCUUCUCUCUGUGCAGUUUCUAGAUUAUGGCAAUGUUUCUGUAGUUCACACCAACAAAAUAGGCAAACUUGACUGUGUUAAUGCGCUGUUACCAGGACUGUGCAUUCCCUGUUCCUUAAAGGGAUUUGCAGUUCCUGGGAUUUUAAACCAUAAGGAAGUGAUGCGUUACUUUUCCCAAAGGACAGAUGAGGCUCAAAUAAGAUGCGAAUUUAUUCAGUUUCAAGACAAAUGGGAAGUUACUCUUGCUGAUGAACACGGGAUCAUAGCCGAAGAUAUAGCAAGCAGAUAUGCAUUCAGUGAAAAAUCUCAACUAGGAUUUUCUACCCAAAUAGUUCAAGGGGCCUGUUCCACGUCAGUCAGCAAAACAGGUGUAGACACUUCUAUGUUUCUUAACUGGUAUAACCCAAAGAUGAAGAUGAUAAGAGCUUAUGCCACGGUGAUCGACGGACCUGAAUAUUUUUGGUGUCAGUUUGCGGAUACCGAGAAACUUCAGCAUUUAGAAGUGGAAGUCCAGACUGCGGGAGAGCAGGUGAGAGAUCAGAGAAGUCAUAUCCACUGCCCUCGUAUUGGAGAUCCUUGCAUAGUGAGAUACAGAGAAGACGGGCGUUAUUAUAGGGCCCUUGUCACCAGUAUUUGUGAAGAUUAUCUUGUGUCCAUCAGACUUGUGGACUUUGGAAACAUUGAAGACUCCGUGGACCCAAAAACACUCUGGAACAUCCCUCCUGAGCUUUUGGCAAUGCCCAUGCAAGCCUUUCCAUGUUGCCUCUCAGGAUUUAAUAUUUCACAGGGCGCAUGCCCUCGUGAGGGAUGUGACUACUUUUACGAAAUAGUUACAGAAGAUGUGUUGGAGAUAACAAUAUUAGACAUCAAAAGGGACGUUUGUGAUAUCCCUUUAGCCAUUGUUGACUUGAAAAGCAAAGGUGAAAGCAUUAGUGAGAAAAUGAAGAAAUAUUCUAAGAUUGGUAUGAGUAGCAGUGAUCUGAGGUAUGAAAAAAAUGAUGCAGAAAUAAAGGGAGCUCUCGGUUUCCCCAGUCCCGAUGUUAGAUUUAAGAAAUCAAGCAGUAAUGCUGGACAACAGAGAAUACUUCAUGUUGAAUCCCAGACAGCUGAGCUCUUGGAAAGACUCAACAAAGACUUAAACAUCCUUGAAAUGCAACCAGGUAAAUUCUAUGACCCCAAAACUGAUAACAUUUUUGAAGCUUUUGAAAACCCAGGCAAAGAUAAGAUUGGCACCAAGUUGCUGGAAGAAAAAGUCAAAGGCCUACUGGGUGACAAAGCAAAGUUUGAUGAUAAGUACCCAAUGCCAGGAUUUAACACAUUCUUACCACAUGCCACCGAAGCAAAGGAGGUCCUGGAACUGAAUUCUUUCGAGGUACCGCUUUCUCCUGACGAUGAGUCCAAAGAGUCCCUGGAGCUGGAAUCCAUCGAGUUGCAGCAUUCCCUCGUCGGGGAUGAGGAGAAAGAAGAUCUGGGCCUGGUGCCUCCAACCAUUACGCUUCCCCAAGGCUGUGACCCAGAGGUCACCCUGCCACCAUUGCCGGGACAGCUGUCCCUCAACGGUGCAGAUGAGAAACAGCCUGAGCUAGAACUGCCUACAGCCCAGCUGUGUCUGGAGGACAGAAUAAACCCUUUGUCUUUAAGAGUUCGUCAGAAAGCCCAAGAAUCCCUGUGCACUGAGGACACGAGAGGAUCCAGUUGUGCGGAAAGCUUUGAUGAGGCGCGUAGGCUGCACCUGCACAAACAGACUUGCGAUGCCAAGAUGCAGAUUGAAAUGAGUAUCUAUAAAGAAGAAUUUACCAAAGAUACAAACAGAGAUGCCGUGUCGUCACUGACCUCUCUGUUUUCUGAAGAAGAAUGCAGAGAUGCAAGGAAACACAAUUACACCUUACCAGAUCAUAUCCCAGCUCAACCAGAGAACAUGUACACUCUGAAAGGAUUUACUGUUGGAUCCAAAUGUUUCGUGUGGUCAAGUCUCAGAAACACGUGGUCUAAAUGUGAGAUUCUGGAAAUAGCUGAAGAGGGCACAAAGGUUUUGAACCUUUCAAAUGGCAUAGAGGAGGUAGUGAACCCUGAGAAUGUCUGGAAUGGUAUACCCAAAUUGGAUAAGAGUCCAUCUGAGAAAAGAGGCCUGGAGAUGACAGAGAUUUAACUGUGGAUCUCUUAAGUGUGGUCAGUCAGUUCAAAGCUGCUCUGAAAUAAGUGCCAUCUCAACCAGACCAACAAAAAUAUUUGAGAAAAUUGAGAACGUGUAAAGACAAGAAAUUGUCAUUUUUGAAAAUUUUGUGUUGAAAACAAAUCUCAGACUGCCUGUGUGGUGUAUUUAUAGUGCUGUUUCUGUAUAUUUGGAUUUGAGAUGUUUCCUCUCCCUUUAAAUGUGUCAUCUUUCUAAUCAGUUGGGAGGAUUUAUUUGGCUAAACAGUUUGCGAACACAUUACUCACAUUGCAAAAAAAAAAAAAAGGAGUAUUUUGGUUUCUUCUGAAUAACAGUUUAAAAUAGAAAAUUACAGGUUUCUGAAAAGCAUAGUAUAUGAUGCUACUUGGGGGGAUGGCUUUGUUAGCAGUAACGCCUUCAAAAUUUUUGUUUUGUUUCUGAAACUUUGCUGUUCUAGUUUUGACUGAUACUCUGUUUGAAUUUAGAAGUAUACUGAUAUGACACAAGAUUUGAAUAAAGUUUGUCCUUAAAAGUA